AUGCGCCAAUCUCUCCGCCGGUCCUGUGACGCGUGUGCCAAAUCAAAGUCCAGCUGCGAUCUUCGUACACCGCGCUGUUCCCGCUGCGUCAAACGCCAAGUCGAGUGCGCCUAUGCAAACGAACCCUCGACCGGGCCGGCAACUUCCGGGUGGCAGAAUGGGACAUCAACAAGCGCUCUAGAUGGAUCUGGCACUUUAACUAACUACAGAUUCGGGUCUCUUGAUCCUUUUGAUUCGUAUCCACAGACUAGACUUCCUCGGGAACACGUCCAACGUCUGAUAUACAGCUUCCUCCACAAAAUCGCCUUCCAGUACUACCCUCUUGACCUUAAUGCGACUUCAAAUCCGUUUCUGAUCUCUUGGUGGCCACUUGCCCUAGGGGAUCCUGCACUAUUCCACGUCUCUCUACAGACAGCAUGUCUUGACGAAGAGUUGUUGGCCCAGAAGGGCUUUCAGACUUCCGAACUUCUCAUGGCAGACUCGGUGGCUUUACUACGACGAAAAGUUGAAUAUAUGUCACUAGCUGUUCAAGAUGGGACUAUGAACUCAGUCAUCACCUUGGCAACCAUCGAGUUCGGCAAAGGCAAUAUAAAAGUUGGCGAAAUGCAUGUUAAUGGGUUGAAAAAGCUGGUCGAUAUGAGAGGCGGCAUCAACGCAGUAAGGCAGACAAGCCCGCUUACCGCGAGAAUGAUUAGCUGGGUAUCAAUGCUCAUCAUGGGUCAUCCUCAAUUCGAGACACAAGAUGACUUCGGCAUCGGAGAUGGCAUCCCCCCUAUUGCAGAAUGGCAGUUCGACUCGACCGCGCUUGACGAUCAAAUAUUUGAUCUCAAUACCAUCGAAGUAGACUAUGCCGUUGAGAAUGUCUUCCGUCGUCUACGCAACAUCUUCCGGCGAGCGCGCAAUAUACCUUUCCCAUCCACACAACUUCACGACCUCACCUGUUUUGUCAUACACCGACUCCUACUAUCUGCCCAGGUUACAACAAGACCGCCGCCAUCACCGAUGACGGAAUCCAUUCGCUACGGAAUCAUAAUCUACAUGUUCAUUGCUCAGGGACCAACAUAUUACUCGCAUGCAGUCAUACUGAAUACGAUUGUCAUCCGAUUUAUGGAGCACCUCGAGCAUCUGGCGUCAACGCGUCGUGUAUUUGACUCACUUGAUGUCUGGUUUGCCGCGGUCGGGAUGGUGGCUUCAGCUGGCACGACUCAUCAUCGGUGGUUCAUGGACAGGGCACGAGAUAUAGCUGCUGCUCUACAACUGAGCAACUUUAGUGACACCCUUGUCCACAUCCAAAAUGUUUUGUGGUUAGAGAAACCGCAGAGUGCAGACCUCUUUCGGUCUCAUUGGGACACUGUCUUCAAUCUCAUGGAUCAAUCGGUUUUAUCAGACCUCUCAAUGUCGGUCUCGCCAUACAGCAGUAGCGUUGAGUUUAUAUGA